CUCAGGUCAUGAGGUCCCCAACCCUCCUGCUGCUGCUCUCAGGGGCCCUGGCCCUGACGGAGACCUGGGCUGGCUCCCACUCCCUGAGGUAUUUCGACACCGCGAUGUCCCGGCCCGGCCUCGGGGAGCCCCGCUUCAUCGCCGUGGGGUACGUGGACGACACGCAGUUCAUGCGGUUCGACAGCGACUCCCCGGGUCGGAGGGCAGAGCCGCGGGCGCCCUGGAUGGAGCAGGUGGAGCCUCAGUACUGGGAGGAGCAGACGCUGGCCCUCAGGGGCUCCAUACCGGUGUACGGCGAGAACCUGCGCACCCUGCGCGGCUACUACAACCAGAGCGAGUCGGGCUCUCACACCCUCCAGAGGAUGCACGGAUGCGACGUGGGGCCCGACGGGCGCCUCCUCCGCGGGUACUAUCAGUUCGCCUACGACGGCGCCGAUUACCUGGCCCUGAACGGGGACCUGCGCUCCUGGACCGCGGCGGACACGGCCGCUCAGAUCACCCGGCGCAAGUGGGAGGCGGCCGGAGUGGCGGAGCAGUGGAGGAACUACCUGGAGAGCAGGUGCGCGGAGGGGCUGCGCAGGCACCUGGAGAACCGGAAGGAGACCCUGCCCCGCUCUGAGGCCCCAAAGACCCACGUGACCCACCACCCCACCUCUGACCAUGAGGUCACCCUGAGGUGCUGGGUCCAGGGGUUCUACCCUGCGGACAUCACCCUGACCUGGCAACGAGAUGGGGAAGACUUGACCCAGGAGAUGGAGCUGGUGGAGACCAGGCCUGGGGGGUAUGGAACCUUCCAGAAGUGGGCAGCUGUGGAGGUGCCUUCUGGAGAGGAGCAGAGAUACACAUGCCGUGUGCAGCAUGAGGGGCUACUAAAGCCCCAAGUCGUGAGAUGGGUGCCCCCUCUUCAGUCCUCCAUUCCCACCAUGGGCAUCAUUGCUGGCCUGGUCCUUGGAGCUGUGCUCACUGGAUCUGCAGUGGCUGCAGCUGUUAUGAGGAGGAAGAAGCGCUCAGGUGGAAAAGGAAGAAGCUACACUCAGGCUUCAGGCAGCAACAGUGCCCAGGGCUCUAAUGUGUCUCACAGCUGCUAAAAAUCAUGAGAGGAGUUUGGGGAGACUGGUCCAGCCCUGCC